UGUAUCCAUAUACCUACGCGGAUAUCGGCAGUGUGCGUCGCGUUAUUCGUGCGCGCGGUCAUGUGGCGUGUUUGUUUUUGAUUAUUCGUAGUACCGAUUCCGCCGUACGAUAAAAACAUCUCGCACGGUUUGUCCGUAAGCUUUUUUCUAGUGGAAACCGCCCCCGUGCGAAAAAAAAACGCCCGGGCGUUUUUCAAAAUACAAUUAUUUAUACAUCGUCGGGUUUUUUGUUUUUUGUUUUUUUUUUCAUUUUUUCGUAUAGUUUUUUUUUCAGUGAUGUAAGCGUAUUUUUUCUUUUCCGCGCGUUUUCUAUAAUAACAUAGCGUCGAAUAGCGAUAAUUUUACCGCGGGACAGGACAGUCAAAGUAUAAACAUGGACGAGGAGACGGCGUUGGUCUUGGGCGUGCAGCUUUUGGCCCUGUGUUGCAUCGCGUGUUCACUGGUCGGUAUUAUAUUUUGUUACACGCUUAAUACACGCGCGGCGUAUUAUCACACAGUUGUGCCACGCUCGGUUAUCUGAUAAAGGGUUGUUUUUUUUUUUUUUAUUUUUUUUUUAUCCGUAGCUUUUUAUCGCGUACACGGUGCCCGGAACCGCGUGUCCCGGUCACCGCAAACGACACGACCGCGAGCUUCGUCGAAUCUAUUCGACGAGUCUGUCCGAAACGAACGUGUACGCAGACUUAAACACAUUUGAAUCGCACGUACACUCGAACUUAAAAAGUGACUGGGGACCAUUCGGGCGGUGGCGUACUUACAACGCCCGACUUUGGGGGAUGGUUUAAUGUUCCAAUAAGCAAAUUGGAUAAUGUGACACGAACAAAACAAGACACGUACCGUAAACUCGAAUAGGCCAUUCAUUUUUAUUCGUCAUUAUUUUUAAUUGAUAUUUCGAGGUAGGGGAAGUUAUCCUCAUUCAUCCCGUUAAUACGCCACCGGGGGGGGGGGUCACAUUACUCCGCGGGCCGCAGUUUUUUUACCUGUUGCCCGAACAAACUACGCACUAUGGUAGUAAGCUAUUACACAAAUAUGUAUUUUAUUUGUUGUCAUAUUCUUUGGCCAAAAACGGAUUGUCCAGUCAUUCAUUUUUAACGUAUUUUUUGAUUUUUUCUGUACCUUUAUGAAGGCCUCGUCGAAAACUUUGGCCCCGGGACGUUUAAAAGUCUUAUUCCGAGUUCCUGUACAUUUACAAACAAUAUUUAAUAACUAUACAAUUACCUACUUAUAAAAAUAAAAACAUUUUUUUUUUUGGUUUGUCGUUGUCAGAGCGUUUUUAAGGUUUUUUGUACGCAAAUUGAUACACGCACGGUAAAAUCCACUGGUCACCCAGUAUAGACAAGUAAGAUUUGCUGCCCAUUAGAAAAUGAAUAAUGAAUGAUCGAAUUAGUAUGGAACUCGUAACGAAAAUAGUAUACUUUGUACAGGAAUUUUACCGGUGUGGAGAGGGGUACCCGGGAAUAGAUGAAAUUUUAACGGGAAAGUUUGAUCUAUCGACCCGUGGAGUUUUUCAACUCAAGAGCGGGAGAUAUUGACUAGAAAAAAAAAAUGUCCCGCAAUGUAACGAUAUAUCUAAUAAUAAAAAAAAAAACCGUAAUUAUAAGUUUUCCUAAGAAUGUCAGAACGGGUUUCACCUCCAAAACCGCCCAUGACCACGCGCCACCGUUCCCUUUUGUAACACCGCGAUAACAUCAUUAAGAUACUAUUAUGACGGCAUUUUAUAGGCAUGCGCAGUGUUCGGUAAAAAUGUAAUGAUGCAAUGUGUACGCCGCGCAGUGGGGCAAAAGGAACAAUUUAUAAUAUACAUGGAUUAAAAAAAAAAAAAAAUAAUCCACGAAUUGAAAAUCGUUAUUCGCAAUUAUCACACUUAUCCGCCUGUAGAGUUCUCCAUCGCGGGUGAUUAGAUUAGAAAUAUUGAACCCACUUCACUCCGCGCUGAUCAAUCCAAGCUAAUGCACACCACGACAACACGCGCGCCGUUUCAGCCGGGUUUUCGUUCGAGAAACAAACAAUAUUAUAAUAUUUAGAUUCGAGAAACGACAAAUCGGACACGCGUCUACUAUGUACGGGAAUUGAAUGUGGUUCAACCCGCACGAACGUGAACAAUCGGGAAAUUAUCAUAAUGCACAAUAUUUAUCGCGUUUGCCGUAGUCGAUUGUUCGCGCGGAAUAGUAAAAUAUUCGAUCCGCGACGGGUGCGGAAUCUAAAUAAUUAUUUUAAACAGUGGGAAACAAAUUUAAAUGAAAAACAAACGAAUAUCGGUAAACAAUCGAUAGCAGGAAGUGGAUAUCGCGCACUCGAAAAAAAAUAUACAAAUAUUACCGUAGGUAUGAUAUUCAAUUAUUCAACGGCGAACGGAAGACAUGAAUCAAUACCGAACGAUUAUCAUGCAUACGUACUAUAAUGUUUCGAAUUGAACAAUUUUACGGAAAAAAAUUCACAUCACUUCCUAAUAUUGUAACGAUAGAUAUGUAUGGCUAUUGGCACGCGAAAUUUGCUAAAAAAACAAAAAAAAAACAAUUCGCUACGCUGACGCGUUGUGUCGCGUACAUUUUUGUUAUUUUAAUUUUUUUUUUUUCGUCAAAAAUCGUAGAUAACCCAUAAUACGCAUGUACGAGUCGCUCGUGUAAACGCGAAAUUAAUAACAAUAUUCGUGUGACGGCCGCGUGACUAGCUAGCACAACUCGAACGGUAGAAAUACGAACGCGCGGUUUGUAGGGGAAAUUCAAUUAUUGCUAUUAUUAAUCUAUUUUUUUUUUUUUACAAAAAGUGUGAAAAUGAGUUCCAAUUACGUGUGCAAAUUAAAUGCGUACGUUACGUUUAACUACAAUACACACACGUAUAGGCACCGACGACGCGUUUAAAUGUAUUCAAAGACGAGUGUAGUAUACUUACCGGCGAAACAAACGAACUUGGGGGGGGAAAAAAGCACACGAUAUGAUAUUGGGUAUACUACACACAGACACACAUACAAUAUGAACAUUUGCGUAGCGAAUAGUUUCGUCCGAACGGCUGGCUACGUUAUUUGCACGUACACUGAUCCGCAGCAGUGUACGCACACUCGUUUUUUUCGGUGCGCGGGGCAAGAAAAAAAUUCAAUACAAAUUACAAAUAUUCCCAUUGUAUUACAUGUUAUGUGGAAAAAAAACGUCCGAUUUUAAAAAUGUUCAAAAAACCGACAUACUUCGCGCGAUGGGUGGGUCACUGUUGUGGGUUGUAAAGUUGAAAAGGCGGAGGGGACAUUUUAAAUACAUCUGUGCGCAAAUAUUAAUCGCCGCUGACGGAAAACGAUUCCGAGUGGAGCUCGGUAACACGUGCUUUGAAAGACCGUAAUAUUUACGAUUUGAUAAUAAUACAUUUCGUAGACAUUUUUCCCGUUUUUCCCGUUUAUUAUGAAAGCCCCGAAGACAAUCAAAAAAUGACCUUCUUAAAGUACCACCCCAGUCGGAUUUAUUUUCAUAAAACGUGCUACACUUGAUAAUCGGAGCAAAAUAAUCUGGUAGAAAAGUUGUUCAUAGAACAAAAAAAAAAAUAAACACAUCAUUGUCAAACCAAUGCAUUCCUCGCUCAACUCGGAAUCUAAAAAAAAAAUGCGAUUUAUUUGAUAGACGAAAUAACAAUAAUUAUAUUGUACAAGGUGAUCAAUCUAUCGUAAGACACUCAUUAUUUCAGAAAGUAUUCAUUUGUUUCGGAGUGUGUUUUAUACAACAUGUAUUAAGAAACAAGCAGCUCUACAAUUUUACAUUCGCGUUAUUCAUAAUUAUACUUACUUUUGAUUUUCAAAUGGCGACCUACAUUAAAAAUUCCAUACGUAAAUAGAAUUUUAGGUAGAAUAAAUGUUGGUGUUGGCGUUUUUGAUUUCCGUCAAGCCGUCGACGAGAUAUUUCGCUCUUGGGUUUGAGUCGGGAAAGAGUGGUGGCGCAUUAUUAAAAAAGCCGCGCUCCGUGCCACCAUACACAAACGAUGUGUAAAUUCGAUCGAUCUUAUAUUCUAUUUUUAAACUAAUCGAUAUGUCCUUUAAAACAAUCACGUAAUUAAGUGUUUUUCUCAGGCACCUAUCAUAUAAUACGGUGUACGCCACACGUUUUAAAUUGCGAGGAGGGGCGGUAGGAACAUCGACGAUUUCCCACUGAUUGCGUAAUGAGCAAGUGAUUAUAAUAAUUAAUUCGAAUUGCAUUUUAAUACGCGACUGAUGGACACACAUCACGUAUUAUUACGAUGCAAUAAACGGGAUUUUGUUUUUUUUUUUAUUUUUCGUUAAAUAUAUUUAAUUAUUUUUGUACUCUGAUAGCGCUUAAAACAACCGAAAUCAAAUAUAUGCCAUUAUAAUAUAUAGGUUAGUUUGGGUUAGGUUAACCUACGUUAAUUCACGUUAUUUAUUUCGUUAUACAUUAUUCGGCAAUUAUUAAUUGUUAUCGUGUAAUAGCCACUGUGAUUGCAAUAACACGCCUACAUAAAUGCAUACAACCGAAAAAUACAUAAUAUCCAAUAAUGAUAACUCCGUGCGAUUAUAAUAUAAUUUCGACAUGGACAUAUUGUGCGUCCACGUUAAAAUAUACGCCAGAAAACAAUAGUUAUUACGCCGUUUUCGUUUGUCUCGCGUUAUAACGCCGCGGUGUGAUAUCGCCGGCGUGCGAGAUAGAAAACGAACAAUUUCCUAAUUAUAGCAUAGGUGUAUUAAAGUAUCCGUACAAAACAAUCGUGUAUAAUUAUUGUAGACACGAGGUAUUUGUAUACUAUAGUAUACCAAAACGACAUAUUAUUAAAAUAAUUGAAACGUUUAUACGCGGCAUACAUUUAUAUAUUUCCUAAUUUUUUUUUUUUUUUUUUUAUAAUUUCCAUUUGAUUGUAUGUGAGAAGAAAAAUUAAAAUAAAAUCGAAAACAGUUUUUUUCAGGUGGUAGGAGGUUAGAUCUCUACAGGUCCAUCUGGUCUCUUAACCCGUCACCGGCCGGCUAUAUCCGUCGGAAUAUACUUCCGAAUUGGUUGAUCUCUUAAAAACGUGAUUUUUCUCGUGCUGUUGUAGAUUCUGAGUGUAGCGAAGAAUGUAUUGGUUUUACUAAGAUGUUUAUUAUUUUUUUUUUUUUAUACUGCGUACAAAAAAUCUACCAGAAAUGUUGCUUAUAUAUAUACGCGCGGCACCGUUGAAAGAGAAUGUUGUCCGGAUGGUGCUUAUGGAAGGUCAUUUUUUUGAUUUUCAAAGCGGUUUUCAUAAUGUCUGGGAAAACCCAGGAUAAAACGUAAGAAAAAUGGAAAAUUUACGAAAAUAGUGCAUUUAUUAUUUUUCAAUUUUGUUAUUUGGUGUAAUUUAGUUAAAAAUAUUCGUAGAGACUUGAAAUUUGGACAGAAAACUUAUAUUUGCAUUUUCUAGACGUGAUCAAAUUUUUAAAAAAUGUAACCUAUUUUUGAGCUGGUUAUAGACAUUUUAAUUUUGCGAGUUUUGUACGUAAUAGUUCAAUUCGGCACGGGUUAACUUUAUUUGAUUCACCUAAAAUUGUUUGUAGUUCAUUUAUAUACAUAUACACAUGUAUAUAGAGGGUGAGACCAAAAAUAUUUUAAAUUGAAAAUUAAGGAACACCCUAAUAUAUAAAUUGCUGACAAAACAUCACUGUCAACUGAACUGCGCCCAGAAUCGUUUUUUCGUUAGCAAUGGUUUAUCAUUGCUUACAGAUAUAUAUUAAAUUACCUAUAACAGUGGUUGCACCCGUCUCCAUUAUCCUAGGACUUCUUUUUUGAUACUAUUACUUUUUCACAAAGGUCUCUUUUCCCUAUAUUGGAUACUGUUCUAGAACUAACAACGGUCAAAUCGAAUAUGCACGCAGUAAAAAAACUGUUCGAGUAAAAAUAUCUCUAUACAGCUACACUGAUAUGUCCGGAGGAAAAAAUUGGCCAUUAAAAAAAAAAAGGACAAUUUCAAUUGAAUCUGUUCGUCUGGGCCAUUUUCAAAUUUGACCGUUUUUUACUAUGGCCACGGUUCCAUCUGAAAAUGUUUUCUGUGUGAUCUUCAUAACCGAUUGCCGAUCGUGAUGAUUUUGAAAUGUACUUUAAACCGUUGUGUACACUAUAGGUUGGUACCUAUAUGUAGAAUAUAAUGUUGGGUGCAUUGAAAAAAAUCGUGAAAUAAUUGGACACGACUCGUUAAUUAUUUGCACUACGCGUAGACUGUUUACUGCGUGACGUGAAUACAGGUAGGUAAAGAUGAUUUUUUUCGUGAAUAUUUCGAAUCGUGACCGAAAACUCGACGGAAUUACAUAUCGAUAUUACGCUAUUAUGUGUAUACGAAAAAUAAAAAUGUAUACGCUACCUAAAAAAACAGGUUAUACUAAUAAUAAUAUAUUAAUAAUUAUUUCAAGUGCUUAUUACUUCAAGCAACAUAUUCACAACGAUAUUUAUGAUGUAACCUGUAUGAGAAAUGUUGACGCGAUUAAGUUUUGAACGCUUUCUAGAUAUAAUGUGCCGUCCGUAAUGUUUUAUUACAAACGUACAUUUCAUUUUGUUUAAUUUUUUUUUUAUGCAUACUUUAUUCGUAUGAACACAAAUAGGGCGAAGAUACUUGGAAGGGGGAUCGGUCCUCCAAAACUCGGCUGAUCCCCCUCCCCCACAAAAGAAGUCAAGUCAAUCAUAAUUAAGUACUUAGUGUUCAACUAAUAUUAUGUGGAGGUUUAAGCCUCCUCCCCAAAAUAUUUGAACUAUUUACGUCUAUAUCUCUUGUUAAAAUGCCAACAAAUAUGAAAAUAAUAAACGACAAUACCUAAAUGACCUAAUCUUCUACAGAUAGCUUACUUACUUUGGAAAUGCACUACCAAUAAAUAUGUAAUUCGUACAAAAGAGGAUAAAAAUCGCGUAAAACGAACUGAAUAGGAAGAGAUUUUAAAAAAAAUUAAAAUUAAAAAAUACGAAAAAAUAAUUAUAAAAGUUUCGCAGUUGAAUUUGCUGUUACAUAAUGCAAACUUUUUGUUAAGAAAACUACGUUUUACAAUUGUACAAACAAAAUGAAAAAUACACUUUUCUACAAACGCAGUCUUCAUCAUAACCGAUGAGGCGACGACGACACGUAUUUUUCGUGUAAAAAUGACGUUUUUUUUUUUUUUUUUUUUUCUUGCUUUUUGAAUCGAAUAAUAUAAUAUAAUAUAAUAUAAUAUCAAUGUACUAUUUAUUUCAUGAUAACCGACAGCGAUCGUUUUUUUUUUCACUCCAUGUAAACCGCGGCGGUAUGCUACAAGGUAUUUUUCUAUUACAUUAAGUAUUCUGCACAGGCAUUAUUGUCAAUGUCAUGUCGGAAUUAUUAUAUUUAUUGUUAAUCAAACUGUGCAGCGGUAUAUAGUAUAUACUAUAGGCACCUACGACCUUAUUAUUAAAAAUAUCGUACAACUUUCUCUAAACGGCACAUCUUGAUAUUCACGGGGGGGGGGGGGAAAUAGAAAAUAUUUAAAAAUAUUGAUUAUUUUUUUAUUUUUUUAUUUUUUCUGCGUACCAAUACGUGUGACUAAAUCGACACACGAACUGUCCGCUAAUCGAAAACUAGGUCCAUACUUUGACGGUGUACCUAUAUAUUACUAUCGCUAUUGCAUCUUUAACAAUUUUAACGACUGUGAAACUGUUACCUUGAAACAUUUAUCGAUUCAAUUUCCACGCGUCGUGGAAUUAAUAAACACGUAAUCUGCAGUGCGACGAAUUAUAACGACAAUCACAAUACGUUAUGGUGAGCCGCUCGCCUCCUCCGUGUCGCCGUAGAGGCGCGCGUGAGCCGGUAGACAUAACAUACAAGAUAUUUUUAUUUUGAUGUUCGAUUUCACCGACUUUCCAAUGCGAAUAGUACCUGUACUGCGACAAGUCGACUGAAAGAAUUUUGAAAUAAAAACGUUGCCCGCACGGCCACACGCCUGUAUUAAUAAUACCAAUACCUCUAGAAAACAAUUAUCGCGUUAGGUAUACGACUAUAUGAACACAUUAUUAUAUUAUAUUCGCGCAUUGAAUAGAUACGUCAAUGUUGCCUUUUUACACGUAUUACGGCAUUAUAAUACAAUAAUAUUUCUAUACGUUUCGCCUCGUAAAUCCUUAAAAUUGAUCGCCCCUCUCCCCCCCCCCUUCUCGCCACUCGCGUUACACCACGCUCUCGUCCGACAAUCACUUUACACAGCCGCAGCUGUCUUCCUUAUCAGACCGCACACGAACCGACUAUAUAAUUAACAGUUUGAUGGGUAUCAGAAAUAUUGCACAAUUUAUUAUAAAUCGCUAAAAUAUGCUUUAAUUGGAUUUUCGUUCAGUGUAUAUAACAUACAGCAACUACUUACAAACUAUCACCCCCUUCCGAAUAAUAAAUAAAUGCAUAACUAAUAAAAUACAACUUUGAUAAGUACCUAGUUGAGUCUAUUGAUUUUGAAAAAAACGAAAAUUACCAACACUAUCGGUACUAACAAUAUUAUUUACUGUGCAUGAAGCGAAAUUAAUAAUUUGUACGACCGUUUUAAAAACCGAUCAUAUACACUUAUAUAUACUCGUUAUUGGUUAGUUAACAAUGUCAAUAAUAUAAUUAUACUGCGUGUCUAUACUAUGUAGGUACUGUUAAAACUGUUCGAAAUUCUAAAGUCGAUUAAAAAUACUUAUUUAAUAUUUGAAUUUGAAAUAGGUACCUAAUACCUUACUCGUUAUAAUAUUAUUUCCGACGACCUUGGCUGAUUUCUUUAAUAAAUAUUUAAUUAAAUAUCGGCGUAAACAUUAACCGCCUAACGUUUUUUCGUAAACGUCUACAUUAUUUGAAUAUAAUUAAACAGGUAUCACCCCCCACUUCUUGGGCUUUUGAUUUUUUUUUUUCAUUGUUUGGUAACUGAAUUGUACAGGUAUCAAGGCCAUCAUUGAGAGGAGAGGGCAGCAGCGUGCCAAGAAAUUGUCAAAAGGAAGGGAUGUAUAGAUAGGUAAAUAAUCACGAAAAAGUUAUAGGAUCUUCUUCUGUAACUACCUAACCCGAAAACGAGAAUUUAAAAGAAUUAUCCAAAAAAAGUAAUCUGUUUUCCAUAAAUCAAGCUUUUCCUUGCAACUUGGCUACAAUAAUAUAAUUUUAGUAUUAAAAUACCAAAUAAAUACUCAUAUUUGUGGUAUUUUUAAUCUAACGAGGAAGGCCGUAUAACCCCUAACGUCAUUCCCCCCCUGCGUACGCCAAUAUAGGAGAGAUUGUCUAUUGGUCUACGUUUAAACAUUAAAAAAUUAAUUUAUGGUAAAUCAAACAAAUUUUGGAACCCCUCCUCCGAAAUUUGUUUUAAAUUACGAUUUUUUUAAGUACUUAUGAUAUUAUUUCGUUCACUUUCCUGGGCUUCAGAUCCACUACUGUUCAGAGAACGUUUCAAAUAUAGUAAACAUGAUAAUCAUAAUAGUAUGACGUACUGCAUUUUUUAGAUAAUUUGUUUAGACAAAUAUGAUCAUCAGUCAUUAAAAUAAAUAAUAAUCUUAAUGAAUCAGCGAGUGACUCGAAUAACAAUGAAUUUUUUAUGGACUCAUUCCCUAUGUUGUAAUAAUACGUACUUUAGCUAUCAUUUAUUUAAUCGAUAAUUACAAAAAUAUAACAUUUAAAAUACAUUUUAUUUAUUUUUUAUUUUUCGAAAAUCAUUUUUUACCGAUAGAUUUAUGUGAACAAAUAAAAUUACAAAAAAUGAAAUUUUCACGAAAGAUGAAUUCUUGGAAAAAAAACUUUAUUCGUACUUAUCUAUUGUUUUCUAGUUUGUUUUUUUAUUGUUUAUCUGUAUAGCAAUUUUUAUUACGGUAGUUUAAUAUUUAAAAGAAAAAGAAAAUAUUGUCUCGUCAUAAAUCUAAUUUAUAUACAUAUGUAGUGAUAUCAUUUUUUUCUUAGAAAAAUAAUCUUGUUUACUAUUUAUGUAUUCCUCUAAAAUAUGAUUUAUUUUUUUUUAAAAUAAAAAAAAAUCCAUCGUUUAGUUUCGAUAGUAACGGCAAACCCGAAUUUUUAAAUGCGUGAAAUUACCUUAAUUUUGGACUUGAUUGAAUAAAAAUUUUAACACAAUUUAUCGAACAUACCGAAUACCGAUUUAAUGUUUGUAAAUUAUUAUUAAUUUUGUUUUUUUUCAGAUGCUUAUUUGUAACUAAAAAUAACUAUAAUACAUCGAAUUUUACUAAAAAGAUGUGUUUUUCUUUUAAAACAUUUUUUCUGACAAUAAAAAUGCACGGGUUUUUUUACGCAGUACCUUAUAAUAACUAACAGAUGAGUAUUUUUCGUCCGGCGCGGUGGUGAUACUUUGUUUGAAACAUUUUUCUGUAGGAUUUCCAACACUGUUUUUCAAAUGAAUCAAAAUAUGACGGUACGUCAAUGAAUUACCAUUGGCUACAAUAUAAAAAGGAGUAGACUAUAACCUUACCUGCUCUGCUCAGAAUCGAUUUUUCAACACAAUAAUUUCUGCAGUAACUAUACAAACACAAUCCGUGUCGUAAAACAAAGUCAAACUAAAAACAAAGUCGUACCUCAUUUUUUCUAGCUUCUAAUCUAAUAUCUUUGGACGAGUAGAGGUACGACCGUUUUCGUAGGUGAUACUGUAAAAAUAUACGACUGAAUAUAAGACCGUAAUGAUAAGACCUGAAUCGAGAUUUGAUAUACUUCGUUUGUCGUUUUCUUUUUUUUCAUUCUCUUUCAUCCCAGCUAUUUGAAGUUGGCCACCCUCGUCUUAAAUUACCACUCUAUCUGAUCUCCCAUCACGCUUACACUGACUAUCCUUUAAUGUCCUCAUCCUAUUCCCAAUCGCCCAAGACUUGCUUAACACUCUUCAAACUAUUUGUGUACCGGCUGUCGAACUGACGCAACCCCAUUUUUUGCCUCUUACAACUGGUAGAAAUACCGUGAGAGUAUUCUGAUCCUCUCCCACAAGAAGUGCUUUUUCGUUUAUAUUAUCGUCGAAUAUUAUUUGUCCGAGUUUAUUGAAAGAACGUAGGCAAUACGAACAACCGAAAAAUAUCUGCAGAUAACAAUCGAUCACUGCAGUUAUGUAGUUUCCUGAUGUGGUAUGAAUAAGCGGUUGUGGUAUAACAGUAUAUUAUAAAGAGAUAGGACGUAUUAAAUAUGACGCCAUACAUAGUGCGUGAUGUACCUAUAGUCCAUAAUAAGAUGUAAAAAAAAAAUUCUUCCGCCAUUUCCACUGUGUGGCAUAAGUAACGUAAUAAAUACAAUUGUGCGGUCACCGUGGUUAUAGGCGGGCCCGGAGCUGGGGUCUACUUUACAUUUUUUUUUUUUUUUCUUAUGGAUAGUAAGUAGGCAGCUAACUGCAUACUCCCGAUUGCGAUAUUCCGGUACUUUUACAAUACACAAAAACUAUAAUAAUAUACUGCACUUUAUAUAUUAAACUGAUUUAACGCGCAUCCGUAUAAUAUUAUUAUGCACCAAAUAUUAUAUUAUGUACCGUAAACUUCAACGGCGUCAGUCAUCGUUAAACGCACUGCACCAGAGCGGUUGUUGCUUCGUAACUAAUAUAAACCUAAUAUUAUACCCGUGUAUAUUGUGUGUACAACAAUAUCACAUACUUUCACCCAAUUAUACGGACACCCGAUAAUAUUAUUAUCGUAUAUUGUAACCUACGAACAGAUAAAUAUUACGUACAGAAUAUAAUAAAUAAUAUGAGGAACCGGUAAAUGGGACUUAGUAGACUUAGUAGUUAGACUUGGUAGAGAGGGGAGGGGGAGAAAGAACGAAAUUUUGCUGAUUAGUCGAGCUCAUUAUAAUAAUAAUACGCAUGGUAAAUAGCUGUAAUACCGCGCGAGAAGAUGAAAGUCAUAAACGUAAAAAAAAACUAAUAGAUACGAGAUUUGUAUGCGUUUCAAAUAUCAAUAAGAAUUAAAUGUUUUUAUAAUAUGCUGUAUGAUUCGCUACUUUUUGACAUUUCUAACGGAUUUCUCUGUACCAAAUAUGAGCUCGAACCCGGAACAUCGGAGUUAUUUUAUUGAUAGAUUGAAUUGAUAAAAAUUGGAGGUCUUGAAGAUAAUCUUCAAAUAUUGUUUCUUUAUUUGGCUGUGACACGAUAUGUCAUAUAUCGUACCACAACCAAAUCAUUUUGCAUGUCCUCAUUUCCCUCCACCCCCAACACAUUCCACAAUGGAUAUGAUAAUCGUGUAAAUUUCCGAUUGUCUUGCACAAAGUCACAAAUGUCGCACGCGCUCACGACAAUGGCGUUGGUAUAAUUUGUUUUCGUUAAAUUAUAUAGCUUUCAAUAUAAUGAGCCUAUACUGUAUACUUACAUUAAAACUGACCUAUAUAAAUAUAGGUACUACUUUACGAACAUUAAUUUUACGAGAUCUCCCAUUGUUUUAAUAAAAAAAAAUAAAAUACCAUUAUAUACAAUACAUUUUUUUUUUUUUGGAAUUUCCACAUCAUUUCAUUUCCCUCGCUGUACACUGAAUACAGUUUAUUUAGGCGACAAUCCAACGUUCUUGAACAGCUUUUUUAGUUUAAAUUUUUAGAACGCCGAUAAUGUAAGUAUACCUAUAUAGUAUAUGCAGUAUACAUAGGUACACACUGCAAGAGCAUCUUAAAUCGUUCCUGUUCGCGGUAAACAAAAUAUUGUUUUAAGUACAUUAUUCGAUCAUCGUGACUGAUUAUUUCUAAACAUUAUCAAAGCCCGAGAAAAAACAUCGUACAAUCAGUGAUAUUCGCAUGGCUUCGACAAAGUAAAUGUACGUAGUAAUUCAGGGGCAGACUGGGCGAAAGGGCUCGUGUGCAAGUAUACAGUACGCAUCUGCAAUAUUUGUGACUCUGCCAUUAUACUCACAAUAAUGCUAUAGGUAUAGGUAGUUAAAAUAUUUGCAAAACAUAAUUUCAGACAUUUACUUGUGUGUACACCUUGCAUAAGAUCUAUCCUAGGGUCCCAAGAGUCCGUCUAAGGGGUUUUUAUGAACGCCCGUUCAUAGAUAAAGGCCCGUUUUUUACCCCAACCCGCCCCUGAAUAUAAUAUAAUUAUGUGUUUUAUAAGUCUAACCUUUUGGACAUAUGAAAUUCUUUUAAAAUAUACAUUUUACUAUGUACUGCUUGACCGAUCAGAUCGAUGUAACGGUAUACUUUCAAACUUAUUAUUACGACAUCGUCUGCGUUUUUCCUCCUGUGUGCGACGAGCUGUUUCAAUAUUAACGAACAACUAAUGUAUAAUAUAAAAUCGAUACUGCCGCAUUAUAAUAUAUUGAAACAGCACUCGUUUUUUUUUCCACCGAUUUUUUAUUAUUAUUAUUAUUAUUAUUGUUUUUUUUUUUAAUCCAACCGCGUAAACCUGACCUAACGAACGUAUACGAAAUAAACAAAAAUGAUCACUCUCGCGCCAAUUUAAAGUCAUUAACUAUUGUUAUAGCAGCUACGGUAAAAUGGAUGAGCAUAAUUAAACUGACACAUAAAAAAAUCGUUUGUAACUCUAUAUAAGUACUGAUAAUUUAUUUUCGUAAGUAUACACAAUUUCAUACGGUAAAAUCCUAUCAUCUAUCUAUAGAAGUAAAUAGGUAUAUGUGUAUAGUUAUAGUUAAUAAUAAGCCAAUUAUUAUAUGGUUUUUAAUCCAAAAUAUUACCUAUGUAUCUAUACAGGGCGAUUCGUAUUUAAUGUAAAACGUUCGUUAUUUCGUAGCGAAAUAGUCGUUUCGUCCCCGAAAAUAACGGCGACGGAAAAUAAUGAUAACGUAACAUUUUAGAGCGGCUUGUUUCUUAAAUUGUCAAAGCGAUUUUUUUUUUUUUGUUUUGAAAAACGUCAAGACUGCGAAAUAAUUUUAGUGUUAUACGUUAAAUGAAUCAUUCUGUAUGUUGUCUAAUAAAUAAUUUUUUGAAAAAAAAAAAAAAAUACCAUAUGUGAGCUACAGUCGUUUUCGACAAAAGAAAACAAAAAUCCGCUGUACACCCGUAAGCAUACGCUAUUGUUUAUAUUUGUCACUCGAUAUUGUUAUAAUAAUAUACUAUUUCGGUACGUAUAAGUACUUAAUAUUAUUAUGGUACACUCGUAACCAUAGCGGUUACAAAAUGAUAUAACGCUAUAUAAACGCUUGAAAAUAACUGCGCAUACCACAACCGCGGUGUGUUUCACAUGCCUAAUAUUAUGAUUUAAUAUGAGAACAAAAAUAUUGUUACGGAUUUUUCUUGGCAACCGGUACGGUUUUAUACUAUACGUAUUUCACGUUUGGACGAGUAAAACAUAAAACCGCGUGCGUGCCGCCGUCAUUAACAUAUUUUAUUAAAAUGUAUAUUUAAAAAUCGAGUAUAUAGUUGACUAAAUGCCAAACUAUGAUAGUAUACUUGCCCAUGUUUUUACGCAUCGUAAAAAAAAAAAAUAGAAUAAACAUUUUUUUUUUCAAUAUCACAAAACCGUUUUCUAUAAAUAUGAACACAAAUAUCUUUACGAUAAAUAAAUUAUAAUUUAUAACACAUGCGCUACUAUAAUUAUUAUUAUGGUAAUAAACUCUGUAUCUAAGUAUCGCGGGCGUCCCGACGAGGAGUUACGGGGUUACAAAACCGGACGAUUGCCACACCGGGUUGAUAAUAAUAAUCAACGAAGGUGAUCGAUUCGUGGCAAAAUCGAAACCACGUGCAUGCAAAAACCUACCUACAGUUGAUUUUAUUUUAAUAAUCAUUUGUGUACAUUUUCACUUAUGUAACGUAACGAAACCUCGAAUAAUUAUACAGUAUAUUAUAUUAAAUUUAAGAGUUUACUUAAUAAAAAAAAAAUAAAAAAUCAUCAACGUUUAGUUAGUUUUAGAUUCUAAAAGGAGUGAGGAAUGUGUUGGUUUUGAGUUGAUGUUUAUUUUUUUUUCUGUGGACAAUUUUUCUACCAGCGAUUUUGCUUUGAUUUACAACGAUGGCAUUUUUUCUAAAACGCAAUUUGACUGGGGAGGUACUUUAAGGAGGUCAUUUUUUGUUUUUCCCAGCGUUCUUCCCAUUAAAUGGAAAUUAACGGAAUAUAGGUACAAUAUUAAAGCAGGCGUGUUCAUAGGGGGGGGGAGGGUUACCCCGAGUAGAUCCGAUGUUCAAUAUGAGGUCUAAUGAGCUCCACACUUACGGUCAAUAAAAUAUCAUUUGCAUUUCUUUUCAUUAGGCUGUCUUAUGGUUCGGUAAAGUCGUAAGUCGGAUUUAACGUUCACUUUUCACCACUAAUCGAAUACACGUGCAACCACAUGCGCAUCCGGAAAGUUUCAAAACAACUUACAUAACCCGCCUAACCUAACCAAACCAGAAGUCAUCGUAAAAUCGUUAAAUUCGCAUUUUCGCGCGAAAUCUAAUACACAAAUAAUAAUUCAAUAUUAACGUGAAGUAAAAGCAAAAAAAAAAACAAUUUGGCCGCUAGUGUCGCUUGAAUUCAUAAAUAAUUAUGUCGCGCCCGUACGCGGUCAAUAUUGGUAUAAUAUGAGCGCGGUCGUUUGGUUUCUGUUACAGGUGCUGUAUUUGCUGCGGAAAAUGAGCAGGAAGGCCGUGUACUCGGCUCCGGCAUUGCGGUCCGUGUUGGUCACGUCUUGCGAGACGUCCGUCGGAUUGCAGCUGUGCGACAGGCUGGCGGCCGUUGGAUUCCGGGUAUUCGCCGGCUACAAACCGGACGGCCGGUCCGACGCGGCCGAUUCCAUCUCGGACUGCGCGAGCCCAUCACGCGUCGCGCCGUCCGGCGGGGCCUGCGCGCUGCUCCGGUUGCGGGCCAAGCAGCGCGAGUCGGCCGCGUCGGACGCCGAACGGGCCCCGGGCGGCGUCGUGUUCGUGCCGCUGGACGUGACGCGGGAGGACUCGCUGCACGAGGCUGUGGUCACCAUCAAGCGACAUCUGCCCGCCGGCGAAGACGGUCAGUUUAACAAUACAAUAAUUAUUAUCAUUGUUGUACACUUACCCUGUGUCCUAUACCGCAGUUACCGUGUCUUUUAAGAGAUACUAAGCAUAUUUACUAGCCAAAAAAGCGUUUUCCAAGAGAAAAGUGCACGUAUUGAUAAAAUGUAUACCUAUAGCUUCUUCGCUACACUGAAAAUCUAAAAUUUUAAACAAAAAUAGAAUAUUAUUUAUGCCCGGCUGUUACGUCGAAUAUUUAUUUUUAACAAUACAAUAUGACGCAGUAGGUUAGUAAGGAAAUAUAGUAAUCUGCAUGAAUAUGUAUGAAGUCUCUUAUUACGGGAUACGCGCAUCACCGUAUUCGUUACAAUACUUACGUGCUUCUAUACAAGUUCUCCGGACGUAAUUGUAAUAUUAAACCAAAUGCCUAUUCAAAAUAUUUUUAUAAUAGAGAUUAUCAUAAAUUAUUUUCGUAUUCAUAUUUAAUUCGGUUUAAAAAAAAAAAAUAAUAAUAAUAAUAAUAAUAAUAGUAAUUGAUGUACACUUAUAAUACGACCAUGAAACGAAUAGGUAGGUAAGACGCAACGUAUAAUACCAUGAGGUGAGCUAUACCUAACCAGGAGAGACUACUGUUUAGAUAAACCGAUUUUAUAUUAUUAUUUAAUAGCUGUUGUGGGACCUUCCCACAGUAAUAACGUCGACGUAUUGUUCAUAAUAAUAUUUGUAUAGUUACAGUUUUUCUUGGUUCAAGGUCCCGAAAAUAUACGCGACAGUUUAUACGAACGUUGACAUUUUUACAUGGAUACAUCUCUCUCUAUCUCUCUCUCUCUCUCUCUCUCUUCUAUCUUCUCUAUCUCGACAGCUCUGCAAGAACCUUAGCUGUCAACACAACUUCCUGCCAUCUGCCUCUAUCUCUAUAAUACAUUCUUCCCAAUAAAUAUUUCCCAUUUUAUCCGAAUCCUCAUUAAUUUCAUUUGACCGCUUUCUGUCAAGUUCUUUCACAUGGCCAUUUCCGCACUGAUCUUCAUUAUUUUGUAUAACUGCUCUGAUUCCGUCUUCCAUUCCCUGCUCGUUACAUGUCCGUUACAGUCUCUGUCCUUUGAUACAAUUUGUUAUAUACAGUAUUCUAUUAACCCACGCAACUCCUUAUUCUAAUACCUUCUACGCUAUUGUCUCUUUUUAACGUCAAAAACCAAUAUAAUAUAAUUAAUCUUCUUUCGGUUUUUAGAUUUCGAGCGUAGCGAGAGAGCUAUUGAUUUUACUAAGAUGUUUAUUUCUUUCUUUCUUUUUUUUUUUUUCUAGUCUGUGGGCACGUUUUUUCCAAGUGAACUUGCUCCGAUUUUUACGUGUAGCAACUUUUCUGAAAGCUCAAAUUCUUUAGAUUAUACUAUUUGUACUUUAUAGAGGUAAUUUUUUUGAUUUUCGACUCUAUUUUUUAAAUAAAAUCACUCAAGUUGGAAAAAACGUAGGAAAACAGACAAUUUCACGAUUUCAAUAUUUUACAAACACGGACGACGUUUUCUACCAGAAAAAAUAAUUUAAUCAAGUAAAAUUUCCAAAGUCAUCGGACGACUUUUUUUUUAUAAGUGUUUUGAAAUCAAAUUUAAACGAAAAUCGCAAAACAAAUUACAGCACUUCAAAUAUUAUGUAUUACCGAAUUGCGCUCGGAAUCGUCUUUCGUCAAGCAAUGGUUUAUCGUUGCUUACGAAUAACCUUAUGUAUCCUAUCUUCCCAACUUCUCACCUACAACAGUAGCCGCUACCAUCCCCAGUAUCAGGUCUUUUUUUUUAUGGUCUUAUAUAUACGUACGAAUUAGUUUUAGUUAUUUUUUUUUUUUUUAAACCUCGACGGUUUUAUCGACUAAAAUCGAAUUCAGUGUAAAAUUACGUAAUAUUCGUAAUACGAUACACGUAAUACGACUGAAAAAAACAAAUUUAUAAAAAAAAUAAACCUUAUAUCCUGAUAUAGAAAAUUUGAAUUGCGCUAUAUUUAUAUUUCCCAUAAAGGCUACACGGUAUAUACUCGUAUAAAAAAUAAUAACGUUUUUAUUGCAUACAGGACGUCAAUAGUGUUAGGUACUGCUAGUACUGUUGCUGCAAGAACGUACAUACAACCGAAUACGUCGUGUUUUUAUGCGUAUAGAGAAUGUGCGUAAAUACAAUUUUCACCGGUACCUAUAUAAUAAAAUACCGAGAAAGUCGUGGAUUCAUCGUAUAUAAUGUAUAAAACUUUUUUUAUCAUCGUUGUGAUCGUUGAACAAGAUUAAUUUUUAAUGUACCAAAAACUAACAUGUUCGUUGAAACAGACUCGUUUAUACGGCGGUUCAGUAGGUACUUAAUCUACUUAAUUAUUUCAUUACUUAGGUAUUCACUUUUUUAUGUUUGCAAACGCAACACGAUAUUAUAUUAUUUUGAGAUAGUUUAGAUGUAUUCAAAGGCGGGCGGGUUAAAAUGGAAAUAAUUAACUCGACUGGGUCGACCUAAAUAAACGAAAAACACCCAUUCAGUCGAAUACAGUUUAUAAGUUGACUAAAGACAAAGUUAACUCGAUAAUAGCAACGUUGAAAUGCAAAACAAAACAAAAAAAUCUAAACUUAAUGACUCGUUUAAAAAUGUUGGAUAUUAAAUAGUGCAUUUCGGAAUCGUACAAAUAAACGAAUUAAUCAGGCUAUAACGCAUACAUAUAUGUCGUACAUCGUUAUUAUUCGUCAUAUUAUAUUAGCAAUUUCGAAAAUAAAAACGGUCUCAAUCAAUUACUCGAGAGGACAUGGUGCCCGCAUAUUGUACUGUCUUAACAAACGUGGCAUUGCGAAUACGCGGUCAACAGGGACAUCAUUGUGCUGUUAGUUUUAAUAUUAGAGUGAAUUAACAAUAUUAUUUUAUUAUUUCAAUUUGGAAGAGAGAUAAUAACGCGUAUGCUUUAUGAAAUUUUGAUAUUUCAAUUACCCAUAUCUCUCUGAAAAAUUAUUAUAUCGAAAUAAUACCGCCAACGUUUCACAUAUAAUGUGUUUACCUUUAAGUUUUAGUUUAGGUCAAUUCGCUCUAACACUGAAACUAACAGCGCAAUAGCGUACCUUCUGAAGGCAAAUUUACCAUUUUGUAAAACGCAUGCAGGUAUCACGUCUUUUCAAGGGGAUUGAUGUUGGUUUUCCUAAUUCAAUUUAUUAAAUUUUUUUUUUAAAAUAUGAAAUUUCGUUUUAUAUUUGAAUAACCAUCCUAAUGAUUGAUAAAUAAUAACUACACUUCCGGUAAUCCACCGCUGCUCAACACCCAUUUAAGGGGAAGGGAUACGGCUGGUUUUACAGACAAAUAUUACAUAUAAUACCGAAAACCUAGACAAAACUGUAGGAACUGCGUUUCACGAACAUCAAUUUUGAAGAUUGAAUAAUCCUAUGAUUCUUUAGGUUCUUUACUAUGUGCGUUGACUUCAUUGUAAUUGUAAUUUAAAUUUAAAUUUUUCUUAUCACAAGUAUCAAGUAAAAAACAAAAUACUUCAAAGUCGAUUUUCAAACAUUGUUUCAAAAAUACGAUUCAAUUUUGUUUACGAUUUUCAUCAUAUCCUAUUAAUGAACGUAAAGAAAAAUAAUCCGUUUUCCGAAAAUCGUCAAACACAAUUCCUACAGUUUUGUUACAGUCACAAUGCAAUACACUUAAUGGCAACAACAUAAAGUAUUCAUUAUCAUUAUAAUGGAGUUCUGUGUUUGUAUUAUCAAAAAUAUAAAUUUAAAACUAAAUCGAUUCGUUGAUGCCCAUCGCUAUUAUAAAUUAUAUAUCUAUCGUCAAAUAUCUGUCCGUAUGACGAACGGUUGUAAGCUGUAAUAAUAAUUAUUAAUACGUAUUGUUAUGUUCGAGACAAAUCGUAUGGGUUAGGUUAUAAUAGUAAAUAGUAUAAGGUUGGGUUCGUAUAAACGAAAAUUACACGUUUUACGAUGUUCGUACAUUAUUAUAAUAACAAUAAUAAUAAUAAUAAUAUGUAAACGAAUAGGUAACUUACGAUUUCGGAAUACAAUAGAUCUCCGACAGUGAUUGUUCGCCGGUGAAUAAUUUAAAACGCGUGAUUGUAUUACGAUAACUACGUAACACUGGCACUCCGGACUGUGUAAAUAUGAUUUUUUUAUUUUUUUUUUUUUUUUUGAUUUUUUCAAUUACAGAAACGGGAAAAAUACAAUCGGUUACGCGUUAGCGGUGUGGUAAUGUUUUUAAAACUGCUUAAGGGCGUUUUACCGUAUUAUUACAUUUGUGUGCCUCAUAUACAAUAACUUUUAAAUCCGAUUUCUGGUAAAUUAAUGUAUGUAUUUGAAUUAGGUAAAUACAUAUUAUACAGACGUACUGCACUCAUAUAUUUACGCAAAAAUAAUUUAAAAAAAUUAAAUUUGAAAAAUUCAAAAACAUCCUAUUCGUAUAUGUAUAGCGAAGGAGUUAUUUACUGCGACACGCGCACGGUAAGAUAGAUACUUGUACAAAUUUUUUUCAGCAUUGUGUCCUGAGUCCUUCAAGACUUCUUUCAGGACGCUUUUUGUCCUGUUUUUUUUUUUUAUUUCGAUGUCAAUUAUUCUGUAUAAAUUCUUAUUUUAUUUAAUUAGAUAUACUUGUAAAUAUUUUAUAGUUUCAACAUACAGUCAUACGGAUUAAUAUUUUAUUUUAUUUUUCAAUAAAAUUAAUUUGUUCACAAAAAUAUUCGUUAUAGAUUGCGAUUGUUUACAUGCAAAAUAAUAACCACAAGAAUCGAUACCGGUGAUGAUACAUCUAAAAUAUACGGGUAUAUUUAAAAUAGUUAAUAAUAUAGGCAUAUAAUUAUAAAAAAAAAAAAAAAACUUUAAUAAUUAAUUACUGAAAAUAUUUUGUCCUAUUUUUUAUUUUUUUAAAUGUCAUCUUACUGUAUAACAAAUGUGUGAGAUUUCACGAUACCAAUAACUUUCACUGGAUAAAAAUCCAAUUGGCUAAUUGAUAGGUUUGGUCUUAUAGGUACAACACCUACUGUGUUAUUUUAUUAAUAAAUCAGACUAUAGUGUAAAGUAUAUUAUUCUACGUUUAAUUGUGUAAUAAAUAAAUUAUUAUUAUUUUUUAAAUCUUAUUUUCGCAUGUUACGUUAUAAUCAUAGACCGGGAACGCCCAUGGUUUAAAAUUUGAUGUGUUUGACGUUUUUCUUUUUUUUAUUUUUCAAAUUUGUAUUGGCUAUAUUUAAGUAGUUUACUCUCACUUUACGGACAUGAAAUUAGACUUGUUUUGUAUUAUAGUCAAUUUAGGUUAUAUGGCUGGUAGUUAAAAUAAUAGCCAGUCAUGUAUCUGUCCGUCUAUCUACGAUUAUGUAUGAGUUUUUAUAUAUUUUUUUUUCACUUUAAAUUACCCGCCGAACAUCAUUAUUUAAUUACAAAACUAUUAUACGAGUAUACAGAUGUCGGAUGUAAAUGAUAACACAAAAACGUAGUAGACACGUGUAGGUACACUUUUAGUUAUUAUUAUUAUGUUUUGAUUCCGAAUAUAGCGAAGAAACUAUAGGUAUUAAUUUUACUAUGAUGUGUUUUUUUCGCCAAACUCUUUUUACGUUUUUCGGUAAAUACACGGAUUCCGCGUGGUACUUCGUUUGAAAACUUUUUCAGAUUCCCGACCAUUCUUCUAAAAUAUAAAAACUGCUUAACUGAAAAUGACGAAACUACAACACCGGUUGUCAUUUAUUGUUGAUUUCUGGAUUGCUCUGGUCACAAGGGAAUAAAACCCAACUAAUAAUACCUAUACUAUACCUUAUUACCCGUAGUUUAUCGACUUCCGCUCAAAAUUGGUUUUCGAUCGCAAUGGUUUAUCAUUGUUUUGGGUAUAUAAAUUAAAUUACGUACUACAGGUAUCUUUUCAACUAACCUUUUCUCUUAAUUCUAAUCUUGCAAGGCGUGUUUUAGAAAACAAUCAAAAUUUAUGUAACUUGAUUUUGAUACAAAUAAUGACAGAGAGAUUUUGAAUAGCCACGAUAACGUUUACAGUCGUUGCGUAUUUGAAGAGUAGUGUUUUUUAAUGAGAUUAAGGAAAAUAAGUUUAAAAACAUCUUGAAUGUACAGACAGAUUUGAACAAUAUAAUAUUCUAUAAAUACCAAUAUAUUUUUAGAUACUAAUAAAACGUCUUACAUCGAUGGCGUUAUACCAUACAAAUGUAUCUAGAUAAUCCCUAUAAUACCUACCUGAUAAUUAUUGUUAAUUAUAUAAUUAUAUUUAUAUCGGCAUCGUUUAAUAUAUAAUUAUAUAAUUAACAUUAUUUUAGAAAUCUUGUUAUGGAACUAUGAACAUUACAAGCUUAUAAGUUACAAUAUUUUUAACCGGCAAUAUAUUAUAUUAUACGUAUAGUUUAGGUAUAACAUUCACUUUCAAAUAAUUAAAUAUAUCUAGAAAUGUUAAAAUGUGUAAUGUUUAUCUCUCUGCAUACAAGUUUAAAACACGAUGUACACACAAAUGAGUAUCCAAAUUAUUAUCAUGAUCAGGCAUCUGUGUGAAAUACGCGAAAUACUUUCUUUUCUAAUUUUUUUUUUUUUUUCCAUUACUACACGAAUCGCUGAAUGCAGAAAAAGGCACGUGUUAGAAUUUUCAAAUUAAAAAAAAUAAUAAUAAAAAAACAACUCCUCAAGCCCCCAGGGUUUUACAAUAUUUCAUAAAAUGGCUAUAAUAGUUGGAAGUUCAAAUAAAUUUUGUUAAAAUAAUUAACAAUAUCAAUACUAUAAUACCUAUAUUGUAUUACAAUGCAUAAUAAACGUACGCAUUUUUGUUGUUCUGCCUGUUUAAUUUCGGCUAAUCCAAUAAUCGGCAAAAAAAAUAAUAUUUAUUAUCUGUUUGACAUUUUAUUUUACCGAAUAAUUCUGAACCGACUGCGUGUAUUACGAACGCCACUGUUAGUAUACAGGUAUCUAAUUUUAGAUGCUUAAAUAAUAACACAAUAAUAUACCAGCAAUGUUACACAGACUUCUACUACUUUAGUCGAUAUGUCCUAUCACGCACAGAAGCAUAUUAUAUGACAAGACGUACAAUAAUAUAUCAUAAUCCGACACGACACACACUAAGAUUUUCACUUGGAAUUCAAAAUGAGAGUUCGAACCGAUCGGUUUUAGAUGGACGUCAUAGUUUAAAAAUUAAGUCAACAUUUACGUCAACACCCGUAGGUAUAUAAUAUUACGUAUAUAUUAUUCAUUCAUUAAAACAAACGUUACAUAAUUAUUGUUUAGAUGUGCACAUACAAAAAAAAAAAUAUAUAUAUAAUAAGAUGCACGAUUCGUUCUGAUUAUUCGAAAUCAACGAUACCUACAUUAACCAAUACUGCAGUGUAUACGUAUAUAAACUUAAUUUCGCGAACCUAAUAACAAGCGAUGGUAAAAUAACAGGCACGUACGAACAAUAAUAUAAUAAUGUGUUUAAAAAAAUAAGAAACAAAAACAAAAACGAGAAAACGAGAAUAUAUUCGUACCGAUAUUAUAUAAGCAGUAAUUAAAAAGCGGCACAAUUGAUACGGAAAAACGUGAAAAAAUAUCAAAUAAAUCGAGAAAAAAAUCAAAUCGAACGAACUGUGAUGGUCGGCAUUAUAAUAUUGUUGCGAUUUAAUCGUAUUGAUAAAAAAAAAAACUAAUCAAUAUAACGCCAAAGAAUGCCGGUUUGAAAAUACAAUCAUCGGAUAUUUUCAUUUUUUUUUUUUUUUUUUUGAAUACGUCUUUUGAAAAUGCGUAUAGUCCACAUCACUGUAGGUACCUGCCUACAUUAUAAACUUUUGCUGAAUUUUUUUUUAAAGCACUUUAUUAUAUCGCACGAAGAAAGCAAGUUGACUUGAUGCCAAUUAAUCAAUAAUCUGCAUUGAUAUUUUCGAACAUUCGCAUUUACUAUCAAUCACCAUCAUCGUUAUACUGGCAUCUAUAACAGAUCUUUUAGAAUCUUCGCCGCCAUCACUGCAUCCCCUCUAUAAUGCCCGGUCUUAAACUAUUUUCUUCCUAUUUGAGAAAUACAUUUACUAUAAAUAUUGGAAAUCUUCAACUUUGUCGAACACUACUGAAUUCACAUCAUCGCCUCGCGAUAACGUGAAAUCAAAAAGUUCGAGCAGUUUGAGUUUUUCACUAUUAAUCAGCAGUCCAAUUUUCGGUGCAACGACGUUUCUCUAAAGCCAUAUGUCUAUCGUGUCCUCUAUAAGAUCCUCCGGUCACCUAUAGGAUAUUGAAAUCACCCUCAAAACCUAGAAUUUGUACUAGACGUUGGUUAACCGAUAUUCCUCUUGCUUUAUAUAGUUUGCAUCGUUCUCGCUGCAUUUUUUUAACUCUAGAUUUUAACUCUAGACUGCAUCCGAAUUCCGUCCCAAGUGUAAAAUUUAAAUUUAAGGAUACACUAGUUCCGUCCCGGGUUUUAAAAUGGCUAUACUAACUCCGUCCCGAGUUAUUUAUUUAGUCACACGAGUUCCGUCCAGUUUUGCGUUUUCUACGCUAUAUUAAUGUAGUAUAAAAUUUAAGACUGCGGUAAUAAUUUUAUAUUAUUUAGAAAUAAAGAUAAUAUUGUUUUCAGUCAUCGCACUAAAUAAUCGAAUUUGUAUACAUUAAAUAUUAAUUCUUUAAUAUUAUUUAAAUUUUUUUCUGUAUUUCAACAUUGUUAAGAAAAAUUGUCGUAUAAAUUAUUAUUUUUUUAUACCAUAUAAAUGUAUUUAAUCCGAUAACAAAUUUUUAUUUAUGCAAGUAUAUGCUACGUUUGAAUUUGUUGUAUUUAACAUUUAUGUAUUUUAACAUUGUUAAGAACGUUUUUAAUCGGAACGGAAUUGGUGUAUACAAUUUUUUUAAUCGGGACGGAAUUGACAUGUACCUACGGUUUUUUCACUCAAAAAAGGUUAUUGGCACGGAACUCGGACGCAGCCGGUUAAACAACAGAGGAGUGGAGACAGGGCAUUUUAUCUCACUGUUAUAAUAAUAUCGAAUGAGUGUUGUUCGUUACACACUUUACAGACUGCCCGUAUAAAAACUGUGCGUAUUUUAACAGAAGCAAUAACGUAUAUUACACUAGUUUGCCCGUAUUAACUCGGAACGUAUGUACCGCGUUUAUAGUUAACGGGCACAUAAUCAUAAUAAUAACUAUCGUAAACGGCGUAUUGACGCGAGUCUCGUUUUACGGGGCACGCGCGGCGCCGUCGCCCCAGGGUUAACCUACAAAACUGUGUUGGGAAAUAUUUCAUCAAACUCGGCGCGAUGGUGUAUAAUGUUUAACGGACAUAUUGUUAUUGUUUUAAUGACACGUGUAUGUGUAUGUAUAUAUAAUUUUUGUUUUUUUUUUUUUUUCUCUCUAAACAAAAACCCCGCGGCGCGCAAAACCGUAAACGGAAUCGCGCCGAAAACGGCCGACGACGCGGCGGAAAUUUACCGUUUUUCGCCCCGCACAUUCUCGUCGGUACCUAAUAAUAUCGUACCGUUGCGGCGUAGAUACACUUGUUGUAUCAGUGUUCCCGCCGACAGCGAUGUCAUUUGUCACAGUUCGACACGCCAUUUUGUGUAAUACGCGCGCGCGCGCGCGUGAGUGUGUGUGUGUGUAUAUAGGCUGCGGGCAUUGGCGCGGGUUCGCAUUUCCGUGCGUUUUUCCCACCGAAUAACGCGCCGCGCCGUACACGUAUAUCGCAUAAUAAACGUCCACAUAACAAUACGAUACGACAGAAAAUUGGGUAUAUCCAAAUAGCGAAAUGACAAGUACAGAAAUAACACGAUCGAAACGCCACACACUACAGGCUACUUUCUCUUUGACGACCGCCGCCGGUAGGUGAGUAUGUGCGCGCGUGUGUGUACUGUUAGGCUACUCGGUCAUUCACAUCGUCGCGCGGUGACCGGCCCUGUAACGAGAAGUGGUGCCUAAAACCACCCAAUGAUAACAAUAAUAACAAUAAUGAUAAUAUCAAUAACGAUCGUAAUAAUACGUAGUUGCGCGUACGAACACGAUAUAGUUUAUUAGUUUCCGACGUGUCGGCGAUCGCAUUACACGGGUAUAUUAUAUUGAAACAAUCGAAUAGAACAGAGACGUGGAAAAAAACAAAAAAAAAAAAACGCUAAAAUUACUUCGCUCUAUUUGUGCCGAUAAUUAGUAUUAUGUUAUUGUAUGGGUGCAUACCAAGACCGUAGUAAUUCUCGCGAGGUCUCGUUGGAAGGUGAUAAAUUUAAAUUUACAUAUAUGGUACUUGGGUACCUGUGUACAUACAAUAUUAGUAUUGCGUUUCGAUCGAGCUUGCAUGCGUGCACAACUAUACGUAUUGUUAUCAUUAUCACAAUAGAGCGCAAACAAGCGUUUAUAUGUGCGGCCACAUGUGUACGUAGGUGUACUGCGACGUCGUCGCGAGGGAUGAUAAUUUAUUGUCGCUCUAUGAAUGAACGUAUAAUACGGCAUCAAGUUACAGACCACGUCGGUAGGCACGAACACAAUGACUCCAGGUAUCCGCGAAAGACCACGCCGUGGCCCGACAAAAAUCUCGUUUUUUAAGUUCGGUAUUGUUUGUCGUAGGUACCUGAGGAUGCGCUCGAGUCAGGGCUCGAAACGAACGACAAUGCAGUUCUGGACCCCUCCCCCUAGACACUGAUGUAAUAUCAAUAUAUAACGCCGUCUAAAACUUAUUGAAAUACAUAUGAUUUUUCAGGAUCCCUCCCAGAAAAAAUGUUGAAAAUCCGCCACUGAAACAUAAUAUUAUGUAUACAAUAUAAGUAUUUAAAAAAAAAACGCACGGGAGAAAUGAACGUUUCCCUUGUACAUACCCAUGGAAGGAAAGGCGGACGUCGGGAAACAUGGAUGGUGCAACUAUGGAUAGUUUCAUCAUCUAUAUUUUUGUCCCCCACACCCCCGCCCCCUAAGAAAUAUAGUUCCCGCGACAACCUAUAAUACACGGAUAUUAGGCGACUCGCUUGAUUUUUUUUAUAAAAAAACAAAUUUGCGUCUCUCUCGCCGUGUAUCUUAUAAUCCCUUCGUUCACUCUAUUCGACGGCUUCUUGUGCACAGAUGUUAAACAAAUACGCGGUUAUAACGAGCGUUCUUAUUUCAAAUAAAACCAUUACAUUUAGUUCUACGUGUAACUACACAUUACACUGGCCGAAACAAUUAAGGCGAUAACCGAUUCGCAUUAAUCCUUCGCGGAUAUUAUACAGAUUGUAUCAUCGGAUACGCGAUAUAAGAAUCGCCGUGUACACUGUCUGUACGUAGGUACGUCCCGAACGUAAUAAAUCCGUGCGCAAUUAACUCGACCUCGUGGCAAAACUCGCGCGUAUAAACAUUUCGUUUGUCUUGUGUGUAGGAUAGUCAGUCGUCUGGUACGAAUACACAAUACCAAUAGUAAUAACCCGGUCGAUUAAUCGAACUCGGUUGACCGGCCAAGCAAACUGUUAACAAAUCUGGAAGUUCAAAUGGUGGAACAGGACGUUUUAAAGAAAAUCUGUACAGAUAAAUUACGUAUAAUAUUCUGUUUGAAUGUACCUAUAGUCCCUACUCCCUAACCCCCAUUACCAGUGGCGUACACAGAUAUAUUCAACGGGGUUAUAUUAAAAAAUUAUCAAAAUAUGAUGUUGUUUAACGUUUAUUUUUAUCAUAGAACAAUAUCUAUAAUUUCCCCGGAUUAAUACAAUGUUCGUGUUUAAUAUUACACCAUAAUGUGGUAUACGCAGUGGCGGAUUCCGAAUUUUAACCAGUCCGGGCGAAUUUCGAUUCACCGGCCCAAAACAACAUAAAUGCUAACAAUUUAGUUGAAAUUUAGUGACAUUUUUGAAUUGGUGGAAUUUAAAAUAAUUCUGAGAUCGGUCUACAUUGCUUUGAUUGUGAAAAUAAAAGUUUUUAAUUUUUUUUCCCCAACUUUUUGGACCUCCGCCCAUACGUUUCUUCUCCGACAUUGCUUUCACAGACAAAAAACGUUUACACCAAUUACAAUAAUUUUAAUUCUUUGUAUUUUAAUGUAAACGUGAUUUUUAAAGAAAAGAUAUGUUAUCAUAACGGCCGCUGUCAUGCCACAGACGGUUGAAUCUACAACCGUGGUCGUACGCUUCUGAUUGGCCGUUUAUAUUUUGGUAUCACCCAGUUACCAAAAGAGUUGUCUUUACUCAAAGAUAACAAAUAUUAUUAUCUGUGUCUUUACUCGACUUGUUCUAUGUCUUGACUACACUGUGAGUACCUAUAUUUUUCGGUUAACAGGUAGGCCACGCAUAUUUCACGACGCGACCAUAGAAUAUAGAUAUACAUGUGAAAAAAUAAAUACAUAUUUUGUUUUAUAUAUUUGUGGACACGACACAUUUAACCACCUUAUCAUAAUUUCCGUCAUAGAGUGGAUGACCGGGAAACUUUCCGGCUUCCCGGUGACACAAUCCGCCACUGGGUUUAUGGUAUAAUAAUUUGCGUAAAUAAAAUGUCAAACAUAGCAGCUACAGAAGAAACGUUUCGCAGAGCAAUUUUCCUUCGCUACAAGUAUUCGAUAAUAUACUGUGUUUAUAUAAUAGCAAUAUUUAAGUAUACAAAUUAUAGAAAUGAUCUCACGCUACACUGUUACGGAUACUAUUAGGUACAUUAUGUGGUUGACCUUGAUUAAUAGGUCGUAUAUAAAUAUUCGUCGGCUGAUAUAUAAACGCAAUUUAACGGGUAAUGCGAUAUUAAUGUCGGAUCAGAUUACUCUAAUUAGUUAUGUAUACACCCAUCUAUACCCGAAUUCUUCGGGAAUGUAUCUCAUGUUCGAAUAUUAUUAUUAAUUAUGUAGGAAAGUAUCUACAAUAUUAUUAUAUUGUGUCGGGCAAGAACCGUAAGAAUAGACGACAACAAUAUAACACGACCGGGCCUCGAGAAUAUUUUUUUUUCCAUCCAUAAACAGUACUCGUAUUAUUCCAUACGCUCCUUUAUAUUUUACGUCCGAUGACAAUAUACUAUAGAAUAUCUGUAUUUAUAAUAAAUGGAAUAUUCGCCGUACGGCGAAUGUUCCCGGUUUUCGCAUCUCGACAAUAACGUCGGAACGGAACGAGAACAGUGUCCAACCGAUAUUAUAUUGUCGUCAAACUCCACGACUGUAGAGACGUUUACAAUUUGUACGGUCAAAUCAUUAUAGACUAUAAUAAUAGGAGGAGGGAGGAGUAGGUACCUAAGAGGAGUUGUAGUACCUGUAAGCUGUAUGUAUACCUACUACUCCGCGAUGUAGACAGACGGUAAUAUUACGACGAACACACGACCCCGCGUGUUUGUAUUAGGUACCGUUGAACGAACCUAUAUAACAUAGAUACAGCCUAUUCGCUACUGUGGAAUACAGAAAGUUGUAACUUUCGACAAAUUCGUUGGUACACACCGGUGUACGUUUCCCCUUGAAAUUCACACCGGUGUGAAUUUGAGACAUUUUUCGGAGUAACCGUGUCAUGCGUAUGGUGCGAACUAUUAACACCGGUUUCAUCCCCUCUCGUUUCCCCCUCGAAAUAAUGAACGAACAGAUAAAUGAUAAUAAUAAUAAUUUAAUUGAUAACAAUCAAUGCUUAUUCAAAUUAAUUUUUAUUAAGUACUUGUUAGCGGGAAAUGAGAAGUGUAGCAUAGAUAAUAUAUUUUUUAUAGUAUUAUCAUUGUUAAUUUUGGACAAUUAUGGGGAUACACCGAUUUCCAUCGUCAAAUAUCUAUACUGGUGUAAAACAAUCGGUAUCAAAUGUUAGUAAACCGGUACAAAAUGUAUCGGUACAUCGGUUUGUACAAACGAAUUUCUAGUUUUAUUACCAAAGAUACCGUUGUGUGCGUCCGAAAAAUUCUGUUUAACGUAUACCUAAUAUCCACAUCCUACUGAACCGAAAGGCGCAUAUUAAAAUUUUAAAAAUAAUCCGGGUAUAUUCGACUUUAUUUAUUAUAUCUAAAUAAUAUACAAACUAAUUUUAAGUACCUACCUACACUAAGUUUCUUUCGACCUUUAUAAUUCGCCGACAAAACGACUUCGGUAACAUUUUGAUUUAUGGUCAUCAUAAUAUUAUAUUAUUUAAUCGACGUUUACUACUUUUAUAUAAUCUUUCUAUGAGAUCGCGCGUACGUUUCUACAUACGGUUUCACGUAUCACGCAUAACUUUUUUGUACGUCACAUUGUAAUAUACGACUUGGAUAAUUUAAUAAAUUCACAUCAUUUUGAUCGAGUCGUUCGACAUUAAAUCAUAAAUAUUUAAUACUUGUACGAUACGAUUUCGAUAAAUAGAGAAUAAUGGCGCGUUUUCAAUAAUUUCAAAUUAAUUUGACCAUUUAGGAUUGUCCCCUUAUGUUUGCAUAUGCAUAUUGUUGCAUGUGAACAUUAUAACAAUACGAAUCGCGUCUUGAAUUGAGAUUGAAAUAUUGAUAGAUAUAAGUGAAUCAUCAUCAAAUGUGAGCAUCGAAUUUGGUGUACAAAGCUGAAAAAUGCGCUGUAUGUGUUGGGCCGAUCGAGUACUUCUCCAUCCGGGCCGAAGUACUUUCAGUCCGCCCCCGAUUAUUAUUAAUAAUAAUAUAGGUAGGUAGGUAUGUACGUUAUUAUCAUGCGAUAGUUUUAUACGAAAUAACGUGCAAUAUAAUACGGGCACAUAAACCCAAGAUAUAUAUUUUAGCAAACGGGCGUAUCUCGCGACUCGCAGUCCUUGUCUGCACAGAUUUUAUAUUAAUUAUUAUCAUUCCAUAACCUCGCCGGGCCGUAACAGUGUAGGUAUAAUAUAAUAUUAGUCGACUGCGACUCGCAUAGCGUCCCGAUUACUCGCGGCGUACGUGAUUGUGACAGCCAUUAAUCACAUUCUACGCGGCCGCUAGUGUAAACGAUACACUGCACAAGGAUUAUAUUAUUAUUGCAUUCGGGACAACAGUAAAAGUCGUAAUGCAUAAACGCAUAAAAUAAUUAUUACACUUCGACGGGGCAUUACGAUUGUCCGAAAAGAAAAAGAACCUAUACCGAUCACGGACAUAAUAAUACGGGUAGGUUAUAUUGUUUCGAAAAGUAUUUAUACGCUUACGUGUUUAAAACAUUUUUCUACGGACAUUUUUUUGGUGUUGCGUCAUUUGUAUUUUGUGUAUAUUUUUCAAAAACUAUUAAGCAGUUUUCCAUAGGUAUUAUUUUUUUUAUUUUUUAAUUAUAGCGCAUCACGUCACAUCCAUCCAGUGAUUAAAAUGAGGCGGACGGAGCGGGAUGAAAUCCCACUUUUUUUUUUUAUUUUAAGUAAAAUUACAAGCUCCCUUUAGUUUAAGUCUUCGAAGACCCGGGGACACUUUAGUUGUUGUCACUGAAACAUGUUUAAUGAAAUUUUAAAAACUCGAAUUAGUAUUAUUAAAAAUAAAUUCUUUGGUACCUACCUACCUAUUAAAUUAUACGUGACUCUGACUCUGUUUUACUUUAUUUUUACCGAGCAAGAAUAUAUGCAUUAUGCAAAGGAUAAUAUUUGAAAAUUUACGCAGUUUAUUUUUAAAUCCUAUUAUAUGAAUAUUAUAUGUGUGAGAGACGAAUAUUUUAGAAAUAUUGUCUCCAUGACGGGAUUUCCGAAAGUUCUUUUAAGUUUAGUUAAUUCUCAGGAUCGCUUCUCAAUUUUCGGUAAAUAUAAUCCACCCAAUCAUUUUUCCAAAAUCGUACUUGUAUCGUUGUUUGUUAUCGAUUUUUUUAGAAAAACAGUUCGGGAAUCUAGAAAAUUAUACCAAAAAUGUAUGAUAUAGCAGUAGGUAAUAUAAUAUUCAAAGUAUUUAUUAAUACCUAGUUAUUUGAAUGUUACUUGAAAAUGGCCUUUCCUUGAAGGUAAAUAUUCUAUAGAUACCAAUCACCUAUAUUAUUAAUAUUAGCUGGACCUAUUGUAACUAAUUAUCAAUUACCGAAAACAUAUAGUAACGAUUUUAAUUAUUGAGAUUUUUUUUUGUUUUAAAUGUUUCCCUGACUUAGUCGUCUAAACCUAAUGUUAAUAUAAAAUAGACAAAUGUUUAACCUUGGGAAAACAGUUAACAAUAAAGAAUCGUAGAUUCAUACAAGAAGAUAAUGUUACCAAGUUGAACCGAAACUUAAAAAUCUAUAGAAUACGAAAAUAUAUACAAUUUAAGUUUUGAUAUUUACAAGUAAAGAAUGUGAAUAGGUUAUAAAAAAAACAACAGGUCGUGCGGGCGUCCACGCUUAAAACCGCGUUUAGUAUGUGAUUUACUUAGUUAUUGAGAUAAAACGAACAAAUAAUUCUUAUGGAAAAUAUAAAAUAAAGAAUUAUUGUAUUUAUAAAUUUUAUGUUUUAUAUAGGUACCAUUUUAAACACGACUCUAUGCGACUGAAUACCUAUAUUUUUACAAUGAUAGGUUUUUGUAUUUUUUUUUUCUGUGUAUACAUAUUUUGAUUAAUGGUUUGAUAUUUUUUCAGGUUUAUGGGCAGUUAUUAGUACAGCGGACGUGUGUCUGAAGGGAAGAAUUGAAAUGCAAGAAAGCGCUCAAUGGGAGAUAUUAUUUAAGACUAAUGUUUUUGGCACGCUCAAGGCCGCCAGAACGUUUUAUCCUCUACUAGUUAGCCAAAAAGGUAAUCAAUAAUACUUUAUUAGGUAUUUAAACGGACAAAUAUUAUUUGAAAUAAGAUUCAUAAAUCAACGAUCAUAUUCGAAACGAACAACAAAAUUAUUAAGACUAACAAUCUUCUGUCUUCUUCCAAAAAAAAAAAAAAAACGAUUUGAUAAAAUUAAAUUAAAAUUAUUAUACAUAUUUUAAUAUUUUAUAUAACUUAAGCAUUAUUAAAAUUAGAAUUUACUAAACAUAAUAGACUAGGUCCCGUACAGAUUUUCAAAAAAUAAAAAUGUUUCUUCUCGUGUCCCUCUAAUAAUACGUUUAUUAUUUUUCUAUUACAGUAUUACUAACAUAUUUAUUGGCUAGGUAAAUAAUUUUUUAUCUGAAAUAUUAGUAAUGGCUCGAAUAACUCUCCGGCCGUUCGCGAAACUCUCUAAUAUAUAUUUUAAAUAUUUAAGGCCGUCUUAUCAACUUCGGUACGUCUAAAGGACAUCCUCGCCGGCAAGGGAUGACAGCGUUUGACUCUGCGCGACAUGCUGUAGCUGGUGCCAGUAUGUCAUUGCGGGAAGACCUUAGGGAUUUAGAUGUGCACGUCAUCGUAGUAAACACCAAUCACAUUCAACCGGAGAAUCUGUUCGAACCAAUACGGUCAUCGGGCAACGCGAACGAACAAAAUAAUAAUAUGCUCAACGAAAAGUAUCCGAGACCGAGUUUGCCCGAGUACGCCGUACACACAAUCUUGGAUGCGCUGCUCGAGCCCCAUCCAAAACCAGUGUACGCUUUUGAAAAACCGUCGAGGUUUACUUGUAAUAGUUUUUCGAAAAAAACGCUGAGCUCCGAACGCAACGUCGGACACCAGUACAUUUAAUUAAACACGUUCGCCUAUUGUUUUACCUACCUACCUAUUUAUAUGACUGUAUGCAUGAUUAACUAAUUAGGCACGUCGGCAACUUAUCGGCUCUAGAAUUAAUCGGCGCACAGCCAGGGGAGAAAUAGUAAUAACUCGAUAAGGAGGUAUCCUAUGAAAAUAUGACGUCGGCCGCCAACGAUUUUAUUUAAUAUUAUUAGCGGGAGUCUUAGAACACACUGAAAUAGUAUCGAAUCCACAUUAUCGCGCGUUCGGAUGAGCAAUUUGUUUAAUACUGAUAACAAAUCCUCGGCGGACGACACGGGCAUGGGCGGAGAUAUAUAUAAAUAAACGUACACAUAGGCGUAUCACUGAGUUGCUGACAUACCUAAUUACUUAAUCAUGGAUAUAUAUAUAUAUACAUUAAAACGGAUCGUUAACAGUUAAUACGUUAUGUCGGCUCACGGACACUGAUAAACGAUAAUUUUCUUAAAGACAAUCGUAACGUUUCAAACCGACUUAAUUGUCGUUAAAAUGUUCAAUUGCUAAAAUGUCAAUGUUAUAAUACAUUCUGUUUUUAUUUUCUCUUGUGAAAACACGACUAUAUUUGUACGGUCAGUACCCGAACAGUUGGGUUAGACGGGUGCAUAUACUGUAUUAUAUCCAUUAUACAUAUUUAUAUCAUACCAUAUGCGUGCACGUCAAUGUACUUUAAGUGACGCUUACUGACAAAAUGUAUGUACUUAAACCCCGUGUUAUUAUAUAGGUACUUGUGUACCUGCCUAUAGGUAAAACAAUAAUAUCCAUAUCAAUGUCAAUUAUCCGUAUUAAUAAUAAAAUAUACAUAUAUAUGACGUACUGUUAUUAUAAUAUAUACCUUUAAUACUUGGGUAAAAAGCAAAAAAUUAAAUCACAC